CCGACAUCGGUGCCGACCGUACUAUACCAUUACACUACCAGUGCCGGUGCCCAAGGUAUCAGACAGUCAGGUUAUAUCAAACAGUCAGUCAGUAGCGGUAGUUUUGGAUCGGGUGUCUAUAUGACCGCAUUGAAUCCCCAUCGAUACUAUCGUAACGAAAUUGUCGAUAAUAAUUACGGCACCGGUAUUAGCCGUAAUAAUCAUGCCGAUUGGGUAGUCUACGUAAAAACUGAUAGACUAAGCAAAAAUAAGCUACACUGUGUGACUACCGGUGCCAAUCAGGAUAUCUAUCGAUACGAUGGCGACAUACAGGUAUCGGCUGGGGAUAUACAUGAUAAGCCCCGGUGCUUGAAGACCGGUAGUGUUAAAAACAAGCCAAAGUCGUCGACAAUCACUAUAUCUUAUACAGCUAUCAAACCAGUGGCUAAUAUGACCGUACCCGACAAACUGUAUCAUUAUGUUUGUACUGCCGACGCCCAGACCAUCAGAAACAACAAACAGAUACUGCCGUCUAGUAUAUCGGGACAGUCGUCAGGAGUCAUCAUCGGCAAUGGUAUACUACUUUCGUCAAUGAAUCCCAACCGAUACUAUCGUAAGGAAAUCCUACAGGAUAUCUAUGAUGACCAAUGUCCGGCUAACUGUGCCGACAAUGUUGUUGUGGUGGUAUCGGUUAACCAAUUGAUCGACAUUAACAAAUUGUUUAUGUUUGAACGGUGCCCGUGGAAAUCGGAUUUAUUUUAUUACAAUGGAGGCGUAUUACCAGUUCAGCCAAACAAUGUCAUGGAUAAGCCUCGUUGUGCUAAACCAACUAAAAAAUAAUAAUCA